UUGGUGAUGAUUCUGUUACAAGAGCUAUAGGAUAUACUGGGUUUCUUAUUUAAAAUGAUCUUGUGAUUUUUAGUGUAUUAAGGACAAUUUAAAUAUAAUAUUAUGUCGUAAGGUCGGGAAGAAGAUUAACUUUAUUUAAGAUAUGCAACAGUGCGCCUUCCUGUAUUACUGGUGUAUUUUAUUUUCCGUGAUCGGAGUUACCUCCUCCUUGUAUCUUCCAAGCAUGCAUAGAUCCAGAAAAAACGCCAUAUCUUCAAUACAAUCAAAUUACAAAGGUGCCGUGGGAGUGAGGUGGGACAAGAGAAAUGAACUCCAGGGGAAUUUACACUCUCGCUUCAGACACCACUCAAAGAGUUUUGGAACAAAACAUAGAUUUAUCUCCGAGAUGUUCCGAAUGUUUGAUUUAAAUGGUGAUGGAUGCGUGGAGCGAGAUGAAUUUGAGUACGUUCUAGAUUUUAUGGACAUCUGGAUGUAGUGUGUAAAAACUUACAGACCUUUUCAUUCCCCGCUCAAAACUGAAAGAAGAAAUAAGAAAAUGACAUUCCCUGCAGGAAUGAUAAUUAUUUCUAAAGCCCACACAAGUGAACACGUGACACUAGAGAGUUAACGCCUAUUGGAAGAUUUUUGUUAGCAGAGGAAAUCGACAAGUAAAGGAGGAACAGAAUCUGUCUCAGUUUUGUCACAGACUCCAUUUGACAUAGAUCACUGCCAUGGCCGAUCAACAUCCGGUUGUAUUUUUAUAUACAACCAAAGAAAAGAAACAACCAGACACGACUUAUCACAUUUCAAGUGAUCAAAAUUCGCAAUCACUUCCGGAAUUUUUUGCUUUCAUUCCUUAAUAAAAAAAACCCCACAAUAUAGUAUUUUCUUUUUUUUCUUUUCUCUGAUAUCCACUUCUUUUUUUUAACCGUUCUUUGAUAUUUUCCCGUACCAUUAAGCAGAUGUUUCGAAUAAUUCUUAUAAAAUUUGCAGCACACAAAUGCGUGAUAUUCAACUUGCGAACAUUUCAACUAAUGCUUUAUUUAUAAUUAUAUUUAUUCUUAAUACAGAAGACAUGUGUGAAUGGCCCUGAAAGCAUAACGUGGUAAUUUAUUCAUUGAUAAUGUACAUACUUCUUCUGAGUUGUUGAUAUUUGUUUAUUUAUUGUAAUUUAUUUGUCAUACUGUUUUUCUUGUAUUAUUGUUUGAUAUACGUGUAAAGUAUGAGUGAAAUAUUUUAAAGUUGAUGAGAUUUUAAUG